AUGGCACAACCAAGUAAAACACAAAUCUACUUAAAAGUCAAGAAACCACUAUUAGAGCGUCAAAGACGUUCGCGUAUCAAUAAUUGUCUGAAUUCAUUGAGGAAACUCGUGGCCGAAUUACAAGCUGACGACAAAGUAUUACGCAUGGACAAGGCAGAGCUGCUAGAACAAACACUUGCAUUCGUACGUGAACAGUGUGGGCGCACCAGCGGGGAAAAUAUACGUCAUAGGUUACAAGUGCCCACGGACGCUUUUAACCAUGGCUAUAUGAAUGCCGUCAAUGAGGUGUCACGUGUGAUGGCUUCAACAACCGGCAUGAGCGUAGAAUUUGGCAAAUCUGUGAUGACACAUUUGGGUCGCAAUUACAAUAGACUACAACAUCAUCAGCAGCCGCUUCAGCAACAGCAACAAGUAACACAUCAACAAUGUGAACCCGCGCACAUGCCAACACUAAGCAUAGAGUGCGCACCACUCAGCCCUGCUUCUUCCGGCUAUUACAGUGACUGCGAGAGUUCCGCUGCUUCACCUUUUGCACCACUACACUCCACUAUCAAUGUAUGGCGACCUUGGUAA